AGUGCUUCAAGUUGUUCUCAGCGUGCGAUAUGACCACCCUGUUAUCGACGGCCACAAUCACAGCGACGGGCCUCCUUUGCAAAGCAUUUCUCAACUCAGGACUUUGCUCCAUCACCGUUAGCAAUCUUCACAUACUUUUGGAUGCUCUACGGAACGAUGAGAGGCGGCGAAAUGGACAGGGCGUGGUAACAGUUGCGAAUCAUAUUUCCACACUGGAUGAUCCACUAGUGUGGGGAACACUCCCGACGGAACUCUACUUGAACUCCAACACAACGCGGUGGUCGCUUGGUGCAUCAGAUAUCAUGUUUACUAACCCUCUGUUUUCCGCUUUCUUUCGUAAGGGUCAGGUGCUAGAGACAUUUCGGGGAAAUGGAAUCUUCCAACCUUCCAUAGAUAUUGCCAUCAAGCAACUUAAUGAAGGGCAUUGGGUGCAUCUUUUUGGAGAGGGAAAAGUCAACCAACCACCCGAUUAUCCGCGAACAAAUGGAGUCGCUCGCUUACCACGAUUCAAAUGGGGAGUUGGACGAAUCCUAAUGGAAACUGCAGUCCCCCCUCUUAUCAUACCGAUGUGGCUCACUGGUUUCGACAAAUUGAUGCCCGAACACCGUUCGUUUCCAUACAAGUACUUCCCAAGAUUAGGUAUCAGACUUGGUGUGGUGUUUGGCAAUCCAAUAUCAGUCGAGGAAAUAACAGCUGCAUUGAGUGCGCACUCGUAUGUGCCACUUGUCACGGAAGAUGGUGUGGAGUCGAAGCUUAACAAUGAGCUUCAUCCGGGUGGCUGUGUGUGUCGCACAGCUAUGCGGGCUGAAGAGCAGUUUGCGUUGGGAUGUGAACGGAAACGACAGAUGGACGUGGUACGGAGCGAUGUGACUGCGAUCGUCCAACGAGCGGUGGAAGCUUUGGGUAGACAAGUUUCUGGUAACCUUCUUGACAACUCACGUUCAUAA